AUGGGAAAGAAAUCACCAAAAUCAUCAUCACCAAAGCUACAACAAGCAACUGAAGGCGAAGACUUCAACCCACUGGCGAAUUUAGAUGAAAAGAAAUUAAAAAUUUUUAAUGAUUUUAAAAAAAGAUGUGAAGAAUUAGAGUUGGAUGAAAGAGAGAAGACUAUUGCCUGGAGAAGAGAAUAUAAACCACAUGAAAUUACAGCUGAACAUUUAAGUUUUGAAAACUCAACUGGAAAACAAUAUGUCAAUGGUAAAACAAAGGAGAAUUUACCAGUUAUUUAUCAGCGUCCAUCUAGAGAGAAUACCAAGACAUAUGAGCGUCAGAUUCAAUUGAUGGUCUACACUUUGGAGAGAGCCAUCGAGCAUAUGGACGAGAAGCGUGGAGUCGAACAGGUUGCCCUCAUGAUCGAUUUCAGUGGUUACUCAAUGUUCAAUAUGCCACCAACCUCUGUCAGUAAGCAGUGUUUAGAUAUCCUGUUGAAUCACUACCCAGAACGUCUGGGAUUCGCCUUCAUCAUCGACCCCCCAAUGAUUUUUAACGUAUUUUGGAGUUUUGUGUCCCCAUUCAUAAAUAAGAACACCGCCAGCAAAAUCGUAUUUGUAAAGGGUGAGAAGCAACGUCGUAACUUACUACAUACUCACUUUGAAGACAACGUUCUCGAAGCAGAAUACGGUGGUAAAGGUGAUUUCGUAUUCCAACGUAAUGUCCACUGGAAGAAUGAGAUCAUCCACGACAGAAAGAAGAGAGGUUUACCAGAGCUAACCAUCGAUGAAAUGGACACCAUUCUAGCAUUACAAGAAUAA